CUGCGCCACCUUAGUAAAAUGUAUUCUCCUUGGACCGACAUUAUUUUUGCUGCUAGCCUGGGCUGUUUACACUAAUCCCUUCUCGAUUCGGAAUCGUAUUUCGUCGCGUCAGGAGUUUCUGGUAUCGUUGCGGUGCUCAAAGACAAACAAUAUUCCGCGAUUUGCUGCGUUCGAUCUAUAGUGUGAAGUGCAUUACUAAAUACUGAGACUGAGGCAUUUAGAGGUGGCCUACGCGCUUCGUGUUGUGUAACUCGAGUGGUGGAGGAGCUGGACCGAGCAGAGCUCAUUGUUUGUUCUACAGUUUCGCUUAUCAGCAGAAAAGAAAGGAACCGUCGGAAAGUGUUCAGAGAGACUGCGAGGAGUAAAGCCAGCUUCAAGAUGAUUCCCAAUAAAAAGAACUGAUAUUUGCUUCGCGGCACCACUUGGAAAAGGAUCCCUCUCAUCUUGGUUUAGUUUUUUUUUGUUUUGUUGUCCGGAAGAUAGGUGCAGGCGGUUUGUUCUGUUCUAUUAGUUUGCCCGGGUGUGUUUUGGAAGAUUCGUACCAGUGAAGUGGAGAAAAUCGUAAACCGACCAAGUUCGAGUCAAUCGUAUUCCUUCGAUUAAUGGCUAGUUCUAUGAACAGCAAGUCCCGUUUUCGUCGUAGAUUGGCUGCGAUCUCCUUUCUGUCCAACAUUUCGCUGGACGGCACCCACAGAGAUACGAAAUUAGGUCCACUGCACGGUUCAGGUGCUGGCGGUGUCCUUCAUUCCAACCUAAACAACAAUAAUGUCGAUGGCACCCGGACGACCACGUUCGAUGAUUCCUCCGAGGACAACAUCGACGCCCCUGGGAUGGGCCCAGACGGUGAAUACGCGAGCAAUAUCGACUAUCUGGAGUCCAAGUUGAGUGCCGGUGGUGGCGUGACCAAUGGAUCCCUUGUUCAAGGUGGCACAGUAAGACGAAUCCGUGCCCGAACUGGCACAUUUGGAAAGAGUCCCGACAGGAACGCUGUCCAUCGGAUCGACAGCGAGGGCAACGUGGUGUUCUCGAAAGUCACUUCAACAGCGCUCAAGGACAGAGAAAAUGUAAAUCCCAACGAAGGGAUUCAUUACUAUCAUCCUGCAGACAAGCGAGCUCGUGCCAACUCCACAUCGCUCCGCGCAGGAGCUCCCGGAGUAAAACGAACCCUGCUGGUGAAUGCCAGCGGUGAGGAGAAGCGUGAACUACCGAGCAACAGCAGCACGGAAAGUCUGAUCCAAGGACGCCGCAAUGUGCUGAUCCAUGAGCCGACCGCAUCGCGUGAGGUAAAGUUUUUGCCCCCGAACACCGGGCGCAACUACAACUUCCGCGAUGAACGUGUGGUGCUGAUGUCGAAGCGCACACCCUGUUUCCUGUUUUCGGUGAUACCUCACUACAAAGGAAAAUCAUCCCGUGCUGAGCUACGUCGCGAAGGACGUCGUCGCAAUCCAUCCGGCACCAGGCCGUUGUCAUCGAUUAACGACCUGCCGUUCGAUGCGUUCCGUUUGCUUGGAAUCGAACGCGGUGGUGAACCGGGGCAGGAAAUUUCCUACGGACAUCUGCUGAUCCCCUCCAGACAGUAUCAUCGGGAAAAGAAGCACGAAAAAAGCUCACGCAGUGGGUUCGAGAUAACUAAUUUCACAUCGUUGGAAAAUCAUGCCGCUGCGCGGUAUUACAGCUACGAGUCCAACCGUAACACCACGGCAAGUCCGUCACAAAACUUGAGCAGUUUGGAUGCUGUGAAAGGUGACCUGGAAGAGGGAUUCACCUCGAUAUCAGGAAUGCAAUAUUCGCCGAACAUUUUGGACGACCCGGAGUUGAUCGCUGGCAAACAUCGUACCCUGUUGACCUUCACCUCGUACAUGACAUCCGUGAUCGAUUACGUGCGCCCUUCGGAUCUGAAGAAGGAGCUGAACGACAAAUUUCGGGAAAAGUUCCCCCACAUUCAGCUGACGCUCAGCAAGCUAAGAAGUAUUAAGCGUGAAAUGAAACGCAUCAACAAACUGGACGCGCGCAUCGAUUUCCUGACCAUUUCGCAAGCUUACGUCUACUUUGAGAAACUGAUUCUGUCCAAUAUGAUCAACAAGGACAAUCGAAAGCUGUGUGCAGGCGCUUGCCUGUUGCUCAGUGCCAAAUUGAAUGACGUCAAGGGAGAGGUGCUGAAAAGCUUGAUUGAGAAAACGGAGAGCGUGUUUCGUUUGAGUAAAAAAGAGCUGAUCGCUUCGGAGUUUGCCGUUCUGGUGGCACUGGAGUUCAGCCUACAUGUGCCGACCACCGAGAUUCACCCACAUUACCAACGUCUCCUGUAUGAAUCCUAAUACUGCUCAUCAUUCUCCAGAAAGAAAAAAAAACUGAAUUUCCUUUAUGAUGCUAUUUUACAACAAGUGCUAUUUUCAGUUAUCUUUAGUUGUGGUUCUAUUAUUUAUAUGUUAAAACUUAAUCGUUAAGAAUCAUUUGUUUCGGACUUUUAUUUAGAGUUAAAAAUAUAAAAAUUGAGUAAAAACGAA